AUGGUUUCUCCGAGUCUAGACUCCACGAACGUGGAGGAAUCUCUCUUAGCACGCGCCUGCCGCCGGCGCGACCUCUUCCAGGUGCAGGCGCUCCUGCGGGACAAGGCGGACCCCAACCACGCUGAUGCUGCGGGUGAAACACCACUCCUUCAGGCAGCCGCGCAGGGUGAUCUGGACGUAGUCUCACUGCUGCUGGGCCACGGUGCGGAGCCUUCGCGGCGGGCGCCACCCAGCGUCUGCCGGGAGGCAGACGGCCAGCUGAGCCCCCCUGUGCAGAAGCUUUUCGAGCUUUUUUCGCGCAAAGGCCUUUCCUUGGAGCAGCGCGAGAAGAUUCUAGUCUCGCUGCCGUUGCCCUUGGACCCUGGCGCAGCUGCUCAGGUGAGAAACCGCCUGGGUCUCGGUGGACUCCACUUCCGCGGCAGCCGCGGCGCCGCCGCGCCCCGGCGCCGGGAGAGGGAGGCCACCGCAGACCAUGAGGUCACGAUCUUGGUGUCGGAGCCUUUGCGGCCCGUUCUGGUUCUCAAUCCUUUAUGGGAGAAGCCGACGGCUACCGUGGUCUUGCUUCAUGGCCUCCUGCAGUCAGGCCCCAUGCUCGAGCGACUGGCACGCGGCCUUGCGAAAGGCCUUCCCUUCGCCCGCUUCGUGGCUCCCACCGCGCCUUCCAUGCCUUCACUGUUCGGCUUCGGCCCUGCAUGGUUCGACACCACCAAGUCUUUGCAAGGUCAGCUGCCGGAGCAACUGGAGGCGAGCGCGAAGGAGCUCAUUAACAUCCUCGAGAUGGAGGCGAGCAUUUCUGGCAUCCCGGCCCAGCGUCUGGUCCUUUGUGGCUUCUCUGCGGGUGGCGGCCUGGCCCUGCUCGGCUCGGCUGGCCUGGCGCCCCUGGGAGUACUGGGAGAAGGGCUGCGCAGCACAGGCCUCGCAACACUUCAAUGCCACGGGCAAGAAGAUCGCAUGGUUUCGGAGGCGUUGGCACGAGAAUCGGCAGACUGGCUACGCCGGCAAGGCUGCGACGUCGAAUUCCGAUGCCAUGCAGGCGUCGGGCACACCAUCUCAGACGAGAUGGCUUCCGAGAUUGGAGCCUGGCUGCGCGAGCGGCUUCUUGACCUCGACGAUGCAGCUAGCGACAAGAACAGCCAAGAGGAGUCGCCCGCCCCUGAAGCCGGUCAUCUCGAACCUGGAGCUGUAGAGGAGCCAAUGGACGAUCCUACUAGCGCGGAAGUGGGCAAGGCUUCAUCCGUCCCAGCACACGAGGCUCCGGCCAUGGAGUCCGAGGACUCCACGGAGCUGCCCGGCACGACGAGCUUGAGCGCCAGUGGCUCGGAUGCCGAUGCAGAAGUUGAGAGGGUUGCAGGCUUUGCCCCGUCAGACUCCAACCUCCAGGAUACAGGAUCUUUCUACAGCGCCAGCACGGAUACUCCAAGACGAGGAGCUGUCAUCCCGGCCACGCAUGCAGACCUGGUCGCUCUGCUGAUGGCCUAUGAUCUGCCCCUCUCGGCCUGUCAGGCGGCUUUGGAGCGGCACCAGGACGUGGAAACCGCGCUCGAAUUCCUGCUAGACACCGACGAAGGUGCCCGGCUUCUUGGUGUUGAAGAUGACCGGAGCCCAUCGAAGAGCAGUGGCAGCCAUCGUGUCCGAGAGGAGGUCAAAGUCGUUGAGGAGGAAUGCCGAUCCGAUGCAGGACAAGCUGCUGCCAGGAGGCUGGCGGCAGAAACUGCAGUAGCAGGAGAGGCAUCCGGAGAAGCGAGACCGGCAGAGAAAGCUAGGCGAGCCGAAGACGCGACACUAAAGGAAGAAGCAAAGCGGGCAAAAGAAGAAAGACUGGCCGAGGAAGCAAGGCGAGCUGAAGAAGCGAGACUGGCCGAGGAAGCACGGCGAGCUGAAGAAGCAAGGCGAGCCGAAGAAGCGAGACUGGCCGAGGAAGCACGCCGAGCUGAAGAAGCAAGACUGGCCGAGGAAGCACGGCGAGCUGAAGAAGCGAGACUGGCCGAG